AUGCAAGAAGAAUUAAUAGAAGAGCUGCGCAAUCCUUUCUUUAUUCUGUUUAUAUCAGCACUGCUUUCUUGGUGCGUUGUUAGCAGUUCCCAACUAGGGGAUACAGUGGAAAUUGAACUGAAAGCAUAUCGCUUACAACAAUAUGACCUUGCUGGGUCUCUUCGUGGGAGCCGUUCGUGGAAAGUUAUGUAUGAAGCAGUUUCACUCAAUUCGAACUCACUACGUCGUUCUGUAUUAGUUAGUUGGCAUGACCUUGUCGGUAAGAAUCUGCAGCUCUUGUUCGGUGGUGGCGUUGGUGCUUUGAUUAUAGUAAUUCCGGCGAAUUUUAGUACUCUUUCGUCGUCUGAUCGGCUGAGAUUUUCUGACCUUGAAAGACAGUUAGUGAUGCUGAAUACCGAUAUGGCUGUUUAUGUGACACAUGAGCAGCCACAACUAAAAGCAUUGUUUGCUGAUGUUUCUGCAUUUUCUACCAGGGCUCCAACGGCCGUUCAACAGUUAUUUUAUGCAAUUGCUGGAAAUACUUUCCAGUUUUCUUCCACAGCAUCUCCCGCGAACAUUAUUGUCAAGCCGUAUUCUCCUAAUAUUGUGGGUCGUUUGUGGGCAUUAGAUCGCAGUGCGCCUGUAGUUCUAUUAGUUGCUCAUUACGAUAGUCAUUCAGCUGUGCCAGCACUUUCCACGGGAUCCGAUUCUAAUGGUAGUGGUGUAGUCGCCUUGCUCGAACUUCUUGCCAUUUUCGCUCGUUUUUAUGCGUCCGUAACAACGAAGCCGAAGUAUAAUUUGUUAUUUUUAUUUUCUGCUGGAGGGAAAUUUAACUAUCAGGGAACGCGUCAGUGGAUUGAAGAUCACAUUGAAAAGCGAAUUGAAGACAACAUCGAAGUCGUUAUGUGUUUGGAUACUAUUGGGAAGGGAGAUGGUUUGGUGAUGCAUGUCUCUAAAAUGCCAACGGAGACUACUCCUACUGGUAAAUUGUUUAGCCGUCUGCAAGCUGCAACUCCGAAGGGACGUAAAAUGGAGAUUGUUUCCAAAAAAAUCAAUUUAGUGGCAGAUGUUCUUUCUUGGGAACACGAGAAGUAUUCUAUUAAAAGAUUGCCAGCAUUUACUUUAUCUCAUCUGAAGUCUCACAACGACCCAGCACGGGCAUCUAUGCUUGAUACUGUGGAAGAUGUUGAUGUCAAAGCCUUGAAGGCUAAUAUCCGUACCAUUGGUGAAGCAUUACUUGGUUAUAUACUCUCCCUGCCAAAUUCUAAAUGUGCCGAGGCCAAUGGGACUUCUUCAUGUAGUUUGCUUAAAGAUAACGCAGUAGAAAUUGAACGUAUUAGUUAUUGGAUGCACAGAUAUGGAAGUCGUCCUAGGCCGCUAGCCGGUGAAAAUAUGUGGUUUACUACAGAACUUAGAGACUUAAUUACUCGGUAUGCGAUGGAAAAAGCAUCUAUGGAGCCUGUAACUCUUUCUGAUUUAACGCUGUAUGAGGUAUUAAAAGACACAGUUGCUGCUCAUCGGGUGAAGCCAGCUGUUUUCGAACUAUUUUUAGCCGCAGUGAUUGGUUUGUAUCUCGCUGGAAUAUAUUUUGCAACUCAAAAUAUACAUCUUUUUUUGGAGAGAACAGUGGAAAAGUUGAAAAAGCCUUAA